CUAAUACUGAAAUUUAAAACUGAGUGGAAGACAAAAUGGCGGCGCCCUCACUAAGCAUGUUAAGCAGGGCUUUCAGUCGAAUUUCUCCUGUUCUUUUGCAGUGCAUUCGCCAGACUGAGCUUGCUACACAGCGAACCCUUGUCUCCACCUGGUUCCAGCCACCAUGUGUGUACAUCCAUUCAAAUCGCUUAUUGUUUACUACGGUAUCAAAAUACGAAAAGAGUGCUGAUGUCGACACCGAAGAGAUAUCAUCCCGCUACAAGGACAGACCGUGGGAUUAUCUCGAAAGUGAAGAAUAUGCAGACCGUUAUGGAUCCAAACCAGUAUGGUUCAACUACAGGAGGAACCACAAAGGCGGCAUACCACCUCAGCAGACGCGCAAGACUUGCAUUAGGGGAGAUAAGAUCUGUGGAAAUCCAUGUCCAAUUUGCAGGGAUCCCAAUGUCAUCAUCCACUAUCAGAACGUGAAGUUACUGCAGCAGUUUGUUCAUCCUCACUCUGGGGAAGUGUACGAACACACCCGCACAGGUGUGUGCAUGAAACAGCAGAAACUACUAAAGAAAGCGAUUGACUCAGCCAGAGACCAUGGACUGCUACCCUUCCAAGUGCCCUUUGUCGACCACUCAGGGGAGGACUAUUCCAACUCCCAUGAUGCAGUGGGUUGUACCCCAUCACGCCCAUCCGUGACUGCUGACGAGCCUUGGUACCCAUGGUAUCUGGCACAAGCAGACGAGAGUGAGGUUGCCAAAGUGAAGAAGAUUUACAAAGCUUACCUGAAAUAGUGAUACUGGAUUCAGUUCCUUUAAAAACGUCGCCUGUUGAGGGCUACAGCCUUCCAUUUGUCUGCGUGUGUUAAGAUACUGUGACCGUUAGUGAAUGUUACUAAAUAAAUUACAAAAAAACAAGUGUAAAA